UGAGAGCAAUCUAAAAUCAGCAACAAUUCCAAAUAUUAAAAGAUUUAAUUUGGUGGCUAAUCAUUUAGAGCUGAAUCAUUCUGAGCAAUCAGUUACCGAGGUUUGUUAAUGUUUGUACAAUACUGGGACAAUGUAGUCUCUACAACUAAUAAUUAAUCCAGUGCAGCAUCAUAUGAAGAAAUUCUCUACUUUUGUUUUGUCACUGCAUCCAAUGCAAAUAGCUAGAGGCUAGUGCAAUUCAAAAGGAAACCAAUCAAACAAAGGCUUACCGGGAGGUUGUCCAAAGCAUUCACACUGACAGUAUUUGAGCUUUGCGAAUGCCCAGAUAUCAUUUAAGCAGACCUAUCCUACACACACACACACACACACACACAAGCACACACAUUUGUUAUUCACACGCAUACUACACACACCGUGAUCACAAAGAGAGAGACCGAGAGAAAGAGGAAAUGUUCUCCUCAUAAAUAUUUGGACUCGGCUUAAUUGAAAGAGUGUGUCAGGCCCAAAAUCUGGGCUGAUUUUAAACAUUCUUGUGCUGGAAUCUAUUCUCUUCCUAAAUGUCUCUCAGGUGUCUAUUCGAGCUUUGGGAAAAGAAUUAAGACAAAGUCUUCAGCAUGGGACAAACUGCUUGAUCUUCUUGAAGAGUUAGAGGAAUUUAGCACAAUACUCACAAAUCUUAUUGUUAAAAAACUUGAUUGAGGUGUAAAUGAUUGAAUUUCAAACUCUAGCUGAAUUGCAGUGUGUCUAGUUCUGUUCAGUGAGUUGAAGUAUGUCCAAUAUCACAUUUUCUUUCCCCAUCAUCUCCUAUAAUUCAAACCAUACUGGUGUCUCGAGCAUCCUGUCCCAGUUAGAAAAAAAAUCUGGGACAUAUACACCUGCAAAUUUGAUUCAUAUUCCACUCCACAGCACCAGGUAAACAGUGGACUGUGAACAUUAUAAAGCCUGCAGUAAAACUUGUCAUAUUCAUAUAUGAUUCAGUAGUGAGAAAUAAUAAUUGAUUUUUUUUAUGCAUAUAAUUUUUAUGCAGUUUCUCAAUAGUUAAAACAUUAAUCAAGUAUCACAGUGAAAUGUUUAGUGUGAGGUAAAUGUGUCAUCAAAGUUAAGUGACAGUUUGUGUUUUUAGUGAACUGGAUUUUAUAGUUGAAAUUUGCUAGGUCCUGCAGUGCUCUGAGUGAAACAUUGUUUUGCUAAACAAAUCCAUUAGGACUCCGGAGAGGGCCUUGAAAUAGUUAAAGUGAUGCAGAAGUCUUUUGAUAUUGUAUAAAACAAAGCUUUUGAUCUCUCUCUCUCUCUGUUCUGGCCCAUUUAAGGAAGCUCCUAUUGCAGUGUUGUUGCGUGAUUCCCCUGUGUUUGAAAAGGCUUUUUUUUUUUUAAGUUGUGUGCAAAAAUUAAGAAACUUUUAUAUUUUAACAUUUAUGAUAAAAAAGUGUCUUUUCCUCUGGCCAUAGACUUUGCUCUUUUGAUUUUGGUGAUACAUUAAUGGAAUAUUUCACCCAAAAGUGAACAUUCUGUGAUAAUUUACUUUCUUUCUUCUGUGGAACAAAAAAUAAGAUAUUUUGAAAUAUGUCUUCAUGUUUUUUUGUUUUGGAAAUCUUUAGUAAUAAAAUUUCAAGUUUUGGCAAAAAGCCAUUUUAGAUUUAGUCUUUGGACCGGCCAAUUUCCUUCAUGUGGCCUGUCAUGCAACACAGAGAUUUCACAUUUCAGUGCUCACACACCAAUAUGAUGACUGAGUGGUCAAGAUUCCAACAUAGCAGUAAUGAUCUGUUACCUGUUAACUAAGCUUCUGAGCCAGUGUCCAAAAUAGCUAAACAAUGUUCUUAAAAGAUCCUCCAGGCACAGAUGAGUGAAUCUUCCCCAGUGUCUAAAUCCUGCUGCUACCAUACAAAAUCAGUGCAGUUCUGGCCAGAUGAGACAUUACAGUAUUCUAGGUCUUUGGAAGAAUGUAACGGAGAGUAGGAAUCAAGGGACAAACCCGCUUGCCGGACCAAGUGAUGCAGUUCCUGCAGGUGUUUGUAAUACCAUCUCAAACAGCAACCAGAGUCCCAGCGUUGCCCCUGUGAACGUUGCCUCUUUGAUGCCAAGCCAGGCACCAACCUCUUCAGACAGGCAGGUGUCAGAUGGAGACAAAGCUGGUGCCACACUACUUUUCUCUGGAGUCUGCUUGGGCCUGGUUGGCAUGACAUUCACGGCUAUGGGAUGGACAAAUUACAAUGUCAGCCACAGCUAUGAGUGGACACAGCUUCUGGGGCCCAUUCUGCUGUCAGUAGGAGGUACGUUUGUGCUCAUAAGCAUCUGCAAGUUCCGAAUGCUCUCCUGCCUGGGCUGCAAACAGAUUGAUGUGGAAGGAACACCUGAAAUGGACCCUCUGCCGCCCCUUUCAGGACCAUCGUUUGUCUUCACUAGACUCAAUCAGCCUAUUACCUUCCACAGGGCCACGGUGGUCCAGUACAUUCCACCACCGUACACCUCCGUAGUACCGGACCAAAGUCUGGGCCCUGUUAAUGGUUUCCAUUCCAGUCACCAGCCUUUAGCAGUCACUGUGAGCACACCACCACAGUAUUACAGCGUGUAUCCUAUGGAAAACCCCAGUUUUGUUUCUGGUGAAGACGACAACACCACAGCAGAGCAAAGGGAAAACAGGAAUCACAGCGUCUCAGAGGAAGAUGAAGAGGGGAAAGCGAGUACAGCAGAGAGCGCCUCUUCUCCACCUGCAUACGAGGAGCUUUUUGCCACCUCCUCAUGUGACUCUUACUCCUAAUCAAGGAAUUUAACUAAGAACUUUCCAAAUAAAGUUAAUAGGUUUUCUGCAAGGUAGCCUAUCCAUUUGCGUAGUUGUAUUACAUAAUUUUGUAUAAAUUCAAACCAGUUUCCAUAGCUUAUUUGAAAAAAAUAUAGCCUACUUUUUACUGCAGUUUCAAUGUUUAAAAAUUCUUUUAUACACAGAUAAUGUGUGCUGUCUUAGUCUUAUUAUAUUAUGAGCUCUCUUGUGUCCUCUUGGGCUCCUGAGAACUUCAUGGCACACGUGAGCGUCCGGUGAGGGCCACAUGGGGGCAGAAAGAGUGAGGAAUAAGACAAAGUUCGGAAGGUGGUGUAUUUUAGUUUGUGCAUUCGUUUUAAUAACUGAAAGUUUGACAAAUAAUUUUAAUCACGUAAUCCCCAUAGUCCAGCUGCAAAACGUUGGCUCUGAAGGCUAACCAGUUUAACCUUUUGCGUGAACGAGGCUGUCUGUGAAAGGUUAUUCUCUCUAUAGCUUUUAACUGGAAGUAACAUGGGCAUCUCUGUCAUUUUAGGAAAUAUGAAACUAUAUAUUUGUUUAUUUUCUAUUUUUGUGGGUAGAUAAAAUACCGACUUAAAACAAAAAAGAAGAAAACUUGAUCGAUUUAAAAUAUAAAUCCCAUCAUAUGCUGUUGGGUAAAAAUGUACCCUGCAAAACAUUUAUUUUAUUAUAAAUCAACACAACUUUUGAGCCAUUAAAAUAAUGGUUGUGAUACAAAGAAGUCGAAAAGAUUUCUUCUUUUACAGUUCAUGAUGUUCAUUUAUUAUGUUUGCUGACUUUUGAUCAAGUUCGUUAAACCUUGUUGUAUUUUGCCUGCAUGCUUUGUAUCAAACUUAUAUAAUUUGUAUAUAAUAUUCUAUU